AAAGGAACUUACCGACGUGGGGAAGGGGUCUUGUAUUAUAUAAUAGCAAAAGUAAAAGUGAAAAGUGACUUCAAAACAACGGAGAAGCAGAGUGCAUAAGUGAUUAUCAAACAACUUGGCUAACAUGCUAAUGUAGCAAAUCGCAAGAGCCACGAAAAUUGUCAAACGAAAGCGAAACUCGAACAGCCAGCAAACAAAUUGUUGCUCCAGCCGCAGCCGCCGCAGAGGAAAGACGAGACGAAGCGUGGUGUGGAUAUAUCCAUAAAAAAGGCAGAUAAAUAAUUAAUUUCAAUAAACCCAAAUACAUACAAAAUGUCGCCACUCAUGGAGAAGACGCUGCUGUUGUUAGGCAUGCUUUGUUGCAUACAAGUAACCACUGCCCUUAUGUGCUAUGACUGCAACAGUGAGUUCGAUCCUCGUUGCGGCGAUCCCUUCGAGCCGUACUCCAUUGGCGAGGUGAACUGCAGCAAACAGGAGCCUCUGGAGCACCUCAAAGAUAAGUACAAGCCCACCCUGUGCCGCAAAACCGUGCAGAAAAUUUACGGAAAGACCCGCAUCGUACGUGGCUGCGGAUAUAUACCGGACGAGCGCACCGAUGCCGAGUGCGUGAAGCGCUCGGGAACCCACGACGUGGCCGCCAUCUACUGCUCCUGCACCAAGGAUCUGUGCAACGGCGCCAACUCGCCGAUCUCCCAGUGGAUGAUGCUGCCCGUUGUCUUUGCCGCCGGACUGGCGAUUCUGUUGAACUCGAGGCACACAAUACGAUUCCAGAGCUCGUAAAUUGAGCUACUCCUAGCAUUUCACAGAGUUAAUUUACCGUACUUAUUGUUUUCGAGAUUGUUUACAAUGGUUUUCCGAUUCAGAUCUGCAGUUGAUGCUCAUUUAGUUGCAUAAUUUACUUUAAUAUUUAGUUUAAUGUGUUCGUAAGCGUAAACAUAAUGAGAAUAAUGUGCAAGUCAACACACAUAAUAAGAAACCACUUUGGGGGCAGUAAUAAAUCAACAAAUUUUCAAGCUUGGUUUGAACAACUUUUUCAGAAUACAAACAAACUGCCAGUAUAUGUCUCCGCCUGAAAAAAUAAAUGUUUCGAUCUUAAAACCCUAAAGAUGUUAUGUAAUUCUCGCAGGAGAUGAGCGAUGUUUCUAUAUUUUUAUUUAAAUUCGAUUCGACCCACAAAUUAUUAUGUUAGUUUAUCUUUGAUUGAAACCUAUAAAAAGGUAGGGUAGCCCUAGAAGGUAAACCCUUCACACAACCUAUGAGAAAAAAUUCUAAAGAUGAUCAUAGUGCAUAAAAUUUGCAAUAAUUAGGAUUCAGAACUCACAUGAAACCAGAAAAUUGAUUUAUAUAGAAAGGAGAAUAAGAGGAACAUAUUAAAAUAUAUAUAUAUGAAUUAAAUAAAUGGAAGAAAACUAUUUACAAAAAAAAAGGGAAGAGAAAGAGAAUCCAUGAAAGGGAAUAAAUCACAUUUGUCCAUUUUAAGCUUCAUACAACCAAAACAAAAAUCAAGUAAUUACUAUCCAUGAUCUCGAUUCCGUUUCCGAAAGCGUUCUCCGAAAGUACGGUCCAUUUACUCCGCGAAAGUCUUGGGGAAGUGGAAUCGACCACAUGGCUUGUAUUAAUAAAUCUUCCUAAUACUUUAGACGGAAAAUGCAUAACCAGUUUGAUUUGUGUCCCCAACAAGCAUACACACACCAACAGAGGUACAGUCAACACAAAGCAUGGCAAGAUUAUCAUAAUAAACCGAAGACACUAGCCAACAUAUAACAGAAAAGCAGUUGCAAACACAUAAUUUUGUGUAGAAAACAAAAAUUAUAUAUAUAUACAUGAAAAAGAAUUGCAUAAAUUAUACACAUUACAAUUAUUUAGUUAAUUAUUAUUAAGAAUUAUAUGGAAAGAUAAUAAGACAAGGCCGAAAUGGAAGCGUGAGCAUAUGUAGAUAAACCUAACUAAUUUUAAUUUAUAACGAGAAUAACAAAACACUAGCCGUUGUAUCUUAAUUGAGAAAACCAAAGCAACAACAACAAAUUAUAAAACGACAAGCAAAAAACAAUUUCAAAUCAAUAAUCCAUUUACUACUAGGACUUUGCAACUAAACAACUAUAAUAAAUUUCUUUUCUCUGAUUUCUUCUCUUUUUUCAUCGAAAAAAUUUUUAAAAUUUUUAUCACAACAAAUUACAACUCAAGCACACACCCCGAUAAACAAAAAUGAAAACCACAAACAUCACGCAACGAUAAAACCACUAAACACGUAUUCCAAUAACAAUUAAAAAGAAACCAAAAACCAUUCUGCGUGAAUCAUAUCAUUGAGCUUUGCUUCACUAACGACGGGAAGACAUUCUAAAUCAAAGAUAAACCUAAACAAAAAAGGCGAAAA